GAUCCAUCACGAUACUCAAGCAAAGCUUGCGAUACUGAUCGUUUCCCUGAUAUUUACGCCCCCAUCUUGAUGGGCUUCCAGCUCAUUUAUAUGAGAUAAGAAGGUCACGAUGGCGGCCAGGAAUCUGCAGUCCUUGACAUACCUAUGCACAUCGAUGACUGCAUUCUGGACCUAUGAUUAUGCUUGUUCACUACACGAAGAGUGGACAUUCCUCCUUCGAUCGCGCUGUACCAAGGUAAAAGGCCUUUAUGUCAUUACACGACAUGCCCCCUUUUUCUUCCUCGCCGCCGAGCUAUGUCAGUACUUCACCCCGAACGGGAACCCUUACAAUUGCCGGAUACCGUCCAAUUUUUACUCGGUUUUAAGUAUAAUAUCAGUCGCUUGCUCUGAAUUGUUUUUUGUAAUCAGAACAUAUGCGCUCUGGAACAACAAUAGAAUCGCACUCGCAGCAAUGUUGUCCGCCUUUCUCGUUGCUGCGGUUGGAUUUCUCGUCAUUUUUUCCAUCACCGUUAUCACAUCACAAGUUGCGACCAUCGCAAUCCCAGGCAUCACAGGCUGCUACCAGACCUCGACUAGCUUUCUCUUCAUACAGUUUCUUCUCUUGUUUGCAUUUCAACUAGGACUCAUCUCCUUCACGCUCAUACAUGUCAUACAAUGCUGGCGGACGACAAACGGCCCUCUGUACGCCAUCCUGGUCAAGCAUAACAUAUUCUACUAUGCAUCUGGUCUGUUUCUCUCGGCCGUCAACGUCCUCAUAUCGAUGCUGUUUGGCCAUUCCAUAUACCACCCCAUCUUGAAAGAUUGUGAGUGCUUGAUCCUUGCGAUCCUCGCCACGCGCAUGCACCUCCAUCUUUGGUAUACAGACCUGGAUGCACACGGCUCUGAUGCCCUUGGGAUGAUUUUUUUGUCUGAUAUGGUCCCGGCAGACCCUAUAGCUUAUCCGGCGUCGUUUGUGGAGCGAAAUUUGGACUGAACGAGAUGACUGGUCUGGGUUGCUUGGUCGGGUUUGGAAGGCGCUUAACUUAUGGGAAUAUAUUUCUUGCCGUCAGUAGGCGGGAGGGCCGUGGAUAGAUAUCACCGUUCUCGAAGUUAAUGGAGGUGUUUUACUCGUACGGGGUAACAUUCGUACGGCGUAACGUCUCA